AUGGCCGACGCAGACGAAGAUGCGUCGCACUUGCGCGUACCUGACGCUGCCGACUACGACCCGACAGAAGAAGCGCAAGAUUUCCUGAAGCUCGACAAACUCACAGCACAAGACAGCGCGCAUCCCACAUUGCCUAAGCGUGGCGAAAAGGACUUCGAAAGUCAUGAGACGAACCUCCAGCUCGACACACUAGAGGCUUCACGCCGGGCCAUGCACGGCGUCCUCUCAUGGCAGCGGACGCACACGCAAAAGGGCCACAUUUUGGCCAUGUACGACCCAGAGCGCAACAUGGCAUGCGUCGACAAGGUCCGCUCACAGCACUUCCAAACAAUCGGCACAAACAAAGGAGGACGAGAGUGGCUACUGCCGGAAGAAGCCUUGUUCCUGCUCGAGCGAGGGACAUUGGAUGUGCGAUGGCCGGUCAAGCGAGAGGUGGGCGACAAGACAGUAUAUAGGACUGAAGAUGGCGCGCCAAUGAGCUUGCAGUCGGCGUAUGCCGCCUUCAUCGGGUUUGAGAGCGGCGUAGGGGGAAAGUUGACACUGGAGAUGUACAAUGUCUACGCGGGAUUGAAGAGGUCGGGAUACGUCAUCUUCAGGACAGGAACUUGGGACCAUGACAGAGGGGACGUCGUCUUAGCACCACCCAAGGCGGAAGAGGAGACCGGAACAGGACCAGGCAUAGUCACACGCUUCUUCUCCGAACUAUGGCGGCGACUGAAUCAGCCCAUAUACCAGAUCUCAGCCGAGAACCUUGCUUUUGGCCCGCUCAUCAAGCCCGGCUUGUACCGAAGCUACAACGAUGUCUACCGCCUACUCAAGCUGAUACCCACCUACGACCGUUCCGUCCCACCGACCUUUAUCCUCCCACCAUCGUCAGAAAACCCAUACCGCGUUCAUUUCGACGUCUACCGCACCACGGCCCGAUUUAAGAAGUCUGCCCGCGGGCCCCCAGACUUCCGCAUAUGCGUCGUCGACGCACGUUCGACACCCAUACCAACAAGUGCACAGCUUAAUGAUCUCAUGGCGCAGGUGCCAGAGGAUAGACCCAAGGGGGAUGGUCACCCGAAUCAGAGGCUGAAGCAUGGGUGCAGAAAUGUAGUAGUGGCAGUAGUGGAUAAUGGCAUACCGAGCUACCUGAGGAUUGCCGAUAGUCCGUUCGACGAGGUUAAGAUUUAUGAGAGGUCAGCGCCGAGAGGGAAGGGUGGUGGUAGAGGAAGAGGAGGCGGUAGGGGGAGAGGGAGGGGAAGAGGACGUGGUCGCUGA